AUGUCCACAAGAACUUCACGUGAAGCUCUUGAUCAUUUUUGUGAUGUCAUCAUUAAGUUGUACGACCGAGAGUACCUACGUAGGCCGACUCAACACGAUGUUGCACGCAUAUUCGAGGCCCAUGAGGCUAAGCACCACAUUCCCGGCAUUCUUGGUAACAUUGAUUGUACCCACAUCAAAUGGAGGAAUUGUCCUAGAAGGUUGAGAGGGCAAUAUACAAGAGGUGACUAUGGUGUGCCUACUAUUAUGAUUGAGAUUACGGCGUCACAGGAUUUGUGGAUUUGGCAUGCCUUUUUUGGAGCGUUGGGGUCGAACAACGAUCUCAAUGUUUUAAAUCAAUCCGAUUUUUAUCUUCAAGAGAUACUAGGAACGGCUCCAGAUAGUUCAUUUUCUGUGAAUGGACGGGAUUAUAAACGCGGCUACCAUCUUACCGAUGGAAUCUACAACAAGUGGGCGACCUUAGUUAAAGAAUACCUGUAUCCUACCGACCCAAAAGAAAAGAAAUUCAAGAGGUUACAAGAGGCAACAAGAAAAGAUGUGGAGCGCACAUUCGGUGUGCUCAAAGAAAAAUGA